UAAAACCGUAGCCUAGCCCCGCGUACACAAAGAUCCUAUACUGACCAUGCGAGCGAGGACUGUGUGAAUUGUGAAUCUGCAUAAAGCACCAGUCUGCUGCAGUUCAUACCACGUCUAACUUUCAUUAGCUUUGGCUGAAGACUAGACGCACUUUUGAAGGACUACUGAAUAUCUGGUUGAAUUACCAACUUUCAGACGCGUGUCUUCAUUUCGUUGCGGCUUGGACGUUUAUAAGACAACACAAUGGUGGCGAUGACAAAAAGAGUCAAGGUCUUCGAGAUCGUUUUCAACGAUCCAUCCAAGACCUUCUACUGCAGUGGAGAUAAAGUGGCCGGGAAGAUCUUGGUCGAGGUGUUGGAGGUGACCAGGGUGAUGACCAUGAAGAUCCUGGGAGUUGGAUGCGCUAAAGUGGAGUACGCGAAAGGCAAACAGAGAUGCCGUGAAGAAAUUGACUAUCUGAAGUAUGAAGACGUUGUCCACCUUGAUGACCAGCCAGCAGACACAGAUGGAUCAGUCAUCCUCCGUCCUGGCAACAAAUAUGAAUACUCCUUUGGCUUUGAGCUUCCUCAACAAGGACAUCUGGUGUCUUCCUACAAGGGCAAGUUUGGGUUUGUUCAAUACUUCGUGAAGGCUCUGAUGGAAAGACCUGCUCAGCCCGCCUUGGAGUGCAAGAAGCACUUUGAGGUUGAGGAACCAUUGGAUGUCAACACUCCAGACUUGCUGUCCCCUACUGGAGGCAUGAAGGAGAAGAAGGUCACCUGCAUGUUCAUCCCAGAUGGCCAGGUUUCUCUAAAUGCCAAAAUCGACAGGCGUGGCUUCUGCGAGGGUGAAGAGAUCUGCAUUGAUGCCAAAUUUGAGAACACCUGCUCUCGCAUUGUGGUACCCAAAGCGGCAAUCGUCGCCAAGCACACGUACCAGGCCAACGGCCGCACCAAGGUCUUCAGGCAAAAGCUCUCCUCAGUACGUGGCAACCACAUCAUCUCCGGCAUGUGCGACGCCUGGCAGGGCAAGAGCAUCCGUGUACCAAAGAUCAAGCCAUCGAUUUUGGGUUGCAACAUCAUUCGAGUUGAAUAUGCGCUCAUGAUUUACAUGCAUAUCCCAGGCAGUGAUAAGUUGGUUCUGGAGCUGCCCUUGGUCAUUGGGACCGUUCCCUACAAUGGUUUUGGUAGCCGCACCAACAGCAUGAGCAGCCAAGAUGGUUCAGUCAGCAAUGCAUCGAAUAGCUGGGUGUCCCUACGGAUGCCGUCAUCCGCCCCGCCAAGCUACUGCGAUGUUACACGCGACUGCAGCCUGGACCAACCUCUUACGCCACUGUUGGAUGACUAUGAUGGCGGAGACAGUCCUAUCUUCAUGAACGCCCCCCAAUUCCAGUUCCCCCCACUCCCAGCAUAUUCUGAGGUUGAUGAAGAAUUCAUCGGCAAUGCCCGCAUGCUUCCCGUCUGCUGAACCAACCUAGCAGAGCCCUAGAACUGAACUGUUGCCCAUCAUAAAAAGGGUUUCUUUUCCACUCUAAGCACUUCAGGCUUUCACCAUGCGGAUCAGAGGCGGUUUGAGAAGUGACGUGUGAAAGUGAAGACAAAGCGGAGGAUUUUGGGGCCCUAGUGGCCCCUGUGCAGGAUGAGCUAGUCGAAGUUCAGAGGAAGAUGGCGUGAAGUCUGAGCUCUUAUGUGCCUGCAUUGCUGACAGCCUUCUUAUAUCAUGCAUCAGUCAAGUUAAAUGUGUUUCUGUCAUAUUAUUGAUGCUGUUUCAGGGCCUGAAAGAGGGCACGCAGGCUGUUUGGCAUGCUGUAUUUCAUUGUUUUUGAGCUGCUCUUUCUUAAAAUGAGAUUACUGCUGAGGUGCAAUGUUAUUGUGCCGCAUUAUAGCCAUUUAAGCACACAUAGACUUUCCCAGUUCGUGGUCAUGUACUUUCCAAUAGACCCCAAUAUAAUGUUCAUUAGAAUUUGGAACAUCAUUUUCGUUAUCAUUCCGUAAUUUUUUUUUUUUCUGUGGGGAUGAAAGAUUGCAUUUGUAGAAACAUUCAACACAUUUGAUUUUAUGUUGGUCGUAAAGUAAAGUUAAUGUCCUAUCCAGAGAUAUAUUAUUCUAAGUUACUGAAAUGUAAAGAAUAAAUGUAGUAUAUCGAAAGGGAAAAUCAUGCAGUGUCAGUGUAUAUAAUGUACCAGUGUUUUGUUUUUCAUUUGAAUGCACUUUUUAUGGAUGCAGGUUGCUGUAUAACUACUCCCAGGGAGAUUUCCUAUGUUUUUGUUUUGUUUUUCUCUUGUCUUCCAAAAUUGUUCAUUGAGGGAUCAAGCAUUGCAUGCUCAACUCGAGACACUGUACUGUAAUGCGUUCAAAACCUCGUCCUAACAAAGGGCUCCACUGAUGUUGCUUCUUCCACUGUGGACUUGAACAUUAGGCCAAAAACGAACUUAAUACUUCAAGUGCCAAAACUGGGGUCUGUUUGGACUUUGAACCCCCAACCAUGUUCAUUCGCGAGACCAGAAGCUGCACUGUGUGUAGACGUAUCCUGAAGACAUUUUGAUGAACAUUUCACUUGUGGAGAUCUUCCUGAACUUUGUGUGUGUGUGUUUUGUUUUGUUUCUUAUAGAGUAUACGAUGACUGUUACUGUUAUUAUGAACAGUGCAAAUUUUGCAAUGUGCAGAGUAUCAUUUUUGUAUCUAAGUUAAAGUGUUUUUUGUAUAAGAAACUUGUUUUCAAUAAAAAAAUUAAGAUGUUA